CGCUGUGUAAGGCUUAGGUUAACACUUAGCCAAAACUUUUUUAUAUUUCAAACAUUUCAAUUAAAGAGACGACUACCUGAUUAAAGUAGUUGAAAUUGUCAUUUGAAUUGAAUGAAAACAAAUACAAUCAAUAUCUUCUGACUUGCUUCUAUUCUAUUAAAGACAGACUUGAGCAAUUAAUUAUAUACCUACAUUUGACAACCCAAGAUUCCAUUUUAUCUGGAAAAGAGAAAUCAAAAUCUAAUCUCUUUAGGACCCUGUCUUGCAUAAAACGACGUAAUCAACCAAACCCCCAACAUUUACAGUACUUUUCACUUCGCUUAUUCAGUGAAAGCACCAACAACUACCAAACAAACCACAGAAAAGAAAAGCAAAAGCAAAAUCAAAUCAAAUCAAAUCAAAAAAUGGCAAUGGACCCAAGGUUAAACGACCUCCUAAGAUGGGGCAUCGAGAACACGGUCCCCUCUGACCCCUCCGCGGCCCCCUCCUCCACCGGCGACGCCGCCGGCGCGCCGCGCACGACCCUCAACGCCGAGGCCCUCGCAGCCAUCAUGGGCGCCCCCUCCGACGCCGACAUGAUGAAGGCCUCCAUCGAGAACAUCACCUCCACCGACCCCGACAUCACCCUCGAGUCCAAGCUGAUCGCCUUCGACAACCUCGAGCAGCUCGUCGAGUCCCUCGACAACGCCAACCUGCUCUCCAAGCUGGGGCUCUGGACCCCCUUGCUCGAGCUCCUUGCCCACGAGCACGACCAGCUGCGCCUCAUGGCCGCCUGGUGCGUCGGCACCGCCGUUCAGAACAACGCCCCCAGCCAGGAGCGCCUCGUCGCCCUCGGCGGCGUCGAGAAGCUCGUCACCAUGGCCCUCGGCGAGCGCCUACCCGUACCCGUGGAGAAGCGCGGCACUGUUAACGACGAAGCCACGACUGAGGAGAAGAAGGAAGAAGCCGCCGUCGAGACACCGGCCGCCCCCACAGCCGGCGAGACGAAGGAUGUGCGCCGCAAGGCCGUGUAUGCCCUCAGCUCCGCCGUGCGGAACUACCAACCAGCGUUGGACGUCGCCGCCAAGGAGCUGCGGAACCGGGGCGAGGAAGUCCAGGAGGGGAUCGAUGCGUCGGACAUGGAGGCAGUGAACGAGUUGAUCGACGGCCUCAAGCAGAGAGCGUUGAAUGCGUAAUUUUCAUUACGUAUACGGUCAUGGGGAUAACGAGGAUAUAGCAAUCAUGGCAUUAAUCGGCGUUGGUUGGGGGACAUAUCACACAUAUCUGGGUCAAUAAAAAAAAGGGAGGGGGGAAAGGGGGUUCUAGGCAAUCACGAUAUAAACUCGGAAAGUCAAGGGUUCUAAGUGAAGAAGAAAAAAACACAGCAUUGCAUCGUCCAAAUGUGCC